AUGGAGGUCUCGUCCAGUCCCCUGCAUCGGAGUCUUCGAGUGUUUGCUGGGCUUCAGUGGGUCUUUUCGUUCCUGGGACUUGCCCUGCUGUGCCUGGUGGCCUUGGUCCUAGCCUCCCUAGGCCGAGCCUGGACCCUCGCAGUCCUCUACCUGACCUGGCUCUACAGAGACAGAUACACACCCAGGAGGGGGGGCGGUCGCCGCUCUGCCUGGGUCCGGAACUGGGCAAUCUGGAGGUAUUUCCGAGACUACUUCCCCAUCACGCUGGUCAAAACGGCCGAGUUGGAUCCAUCCCGAAACUACCUUUUUGGAUUCCAUCCUCACGGGGUCCUGGUUGUUGGGGCCUUCAGCAACUUCUGUACAGAGGCCACAGGCUUCUCUGGCCUCUUUUCGGGUCUCAAGCCACACCUUCUCAUGCUGCCAUGUUGGUUACAAGUGCCUCUCUUCCGAGAUUACAUCAUGACCAGCGGUUUAGUCUCUUCUGACAAGGCUAGCGUCUAUCUCUUGACCCACCCCGAGGGUGGCCAGAUGGCCGUCCUGGCUGUGGGAGGUCUCCUGGAGGCAAAGCCAGGAACAGUGAGUUUGCAGCUCCGGAAUCAGAAAAGAUUCAUUAAAUUAUCACUGGAACACGGGGCUUCGCUUGUGCCUGUCUUCUCCUUUGGAGAGAAGGCGCUCUUCCAGCAAUAUCCUAACCCGCCAGGCUCCUGGAUGAGGAGGGUACAGGAAGCUCUUCAGGCGAUGCUGAGCGUGGCCUUGCCUCUCUUUCACGGUCGCCUGGGUCUCCUGCUACCCUUCCGCGAGCCCAUCCACACUGUGGUGGGCGCCCCAAUUCCAGUCCAGCGAAGCCCGAGGCCCAGCCGGGAACAGGUGGACCAGCUGCACGCGUUGUAUGUAGAGCGUCUCACACAGCUGUUUGAGGAACACAAGACACGAUUUGGGGUCCCUGCUAAUCAACACCUUGUUCUCACCUGGGCUCCUCCAUGUCCCCGUGUCCUAGCCUUCCUGAAGGUGAUCUGCUCCCUGCGAGAUCACACCCCCAAACCUUCACCCUCUGUUUCCUGGGUCCUGGAGUCACUAGGACAGCUAUCCCCAUAUCCCUUCUCCUCUCUCACCAUGAAAACACCUCAGAAGCAAAGGCUUGAAGUGAUAGGCGCCUACCAAUAUGUGGUCACUUUUCUCUUCAUGGAUUACCGCGGCUCCCAGACCUUCUCAGAAAGCUCCCUUGUGUAA